AUGGAUACAAUCCGCCUCUGCAGUCUCUUGUCAGUCCGAGACCCAAGACGAGGUGAAAGUCGCAUGGCUUUCCAUUUCACACGCAAGCCAGACGGUUCCAUCCUGGAGCCAACAUUCGACGGUGUCAUGCGAGCUUACAACCUAGAGGUCACUCACAUCAUGUACACUGAAUUCGAAGACCUGCUUUCAUUGUACGUGUUUGCGGCAGGACAUGAUUGGAAUGCGCUCAAAGAAGAGACUUUGAAGAUUUGCGAGGAAAAGAAGAUUGCCAGAGAUUGGCGGCUUAUGUGGAUGGGGACAUCUACCCGUGCUGACACCAUGGAAUGA